ACCACAACGUGUAGGAAGAGUUACACACUUACUGAGCUCUGUUCUGCAGUAUUUAGCCUCACUCGGAGCAGGUUCAAGAGAAUAUCUGUGCACUCUAGUUUGAUAGACACUAUGUGUGUGUUUAAGUUUUCCCGGGUGGACUUCCUCUUCACUUGUGUGGGUCUGUUGUUCUCGCUGUUGGACAUAGUGCUGGAUAUAUACGCCGCUGUGUCUUUCUACCGAGAAAAGGCCUACAUAUGCCUCGGUAUCCUGCUGCUGAUUCUGGUGGGCUCAUCAGUUCUUGUUCAGAUGUACAGCUGGCUGUUGUAUAGUUAUGAGGACUGUGAGAGGUGCCUGAGCCGGAGCAAGCUCAAGCUGCUACACGUGUUCCAGCUGGGGAUCUUCUUCAGGUGGUAUGAAUCUUUGGGUGUUGCCACAGGCUGUUUUUCCUUCCCUGACCAGGAGGGUAUCGCUGAGUACCUGAGCCACGACCUCAGCUUGCUGCGGCUCAUAGAGACGUUCUCAGAGAGCAUCCCUCAACUCGUCCUCAUGCUCACCAUCAUUCUGCAACGGGGUCAUCUGAACCCUAUAACAGUGUUGAAGGCGUUGGGGUCAGCCUCAGCCAUCACCGUCAGUGUGACCAUGUACCACCGCUCCAUGCGCUCCUUCCUGCAGGACAAGAAAAAGCAGCCGCCGUCUUCUUUGGCGGUCUAUUUCCUCUGGAACCUCUUCCUCAUCUCGUCUCGCCUCACCGCCCUCGCCCUGUUCGCCUCCGUUCUGCCCUGCUUCAUCUUCACCCACUUUGUUUGCUCCUGGCUGGUUUUAUUCUUCUUCGCCUGGAGAUCCAACACCGACUUCAUGGAGAGCCCUUGCGGAGAGUGGCUUUACCGGGCCACAGUGGGCCUCAUCUGGUACUUUGACUGGCUCAACGCGGUCGAGGGGAGGACGAGGUACAGGACUCUGCUCUACCACGGGUACAUACUGGCUGAUAUUGUCCUCCUCUGCAGCUUGUGGUGCUGGAAGAUGAGCACAGAACCACCUUCUUUUGAAAUCCCACAGUUGUACGCUAUAAUCACUGCUGCCUGUGUUGUUUCAGUUUACAUUCUCGGUCUCUUAUUUAGAAAAGUAUAUUAUAAGUGCUACCAUCCAAACCUUGCCAAAGACGAGUUAAAAGGGGGCCCUACUGAACAGGAGCUAAUGAGGAGUAAUACAAUUUCUACAGAUGUGGAUGUGGACAUUAUUCUUCAAACUACGUCCAUUACAGUUCACAGCAUGCCCAGCUCACCAGCGCCCAACGUUAAAUGCUGCAAUAAAAAAAUGAGGAAGUUGGCCGAAAACUUCUACUUUUCUUAACCCGCAUCACUCGACAUCCACUGGACACCGAGGUCAGAGACAAACUCUAUUCAAACCUACUUCUCACUAUUUCAUUUAACUUUAAUUUGUGACAAAUUAAACAUAGUUUAACGUCUUGCACCAUUUGUGGAGGAUUCACACAACUCGUGCGACGUGCAUUGAACCAGAUCUGAAAGGUCAAGAGUGACUAAACAAACACGAGCAAACUUAGACAACCAUCAUAUAACCUGAGGCAAAGGAGAAGCUGUGGUUUUCUGCACCUAGCAAACAUCCCAGAGUUGUAAUCUUGAAUGUAAAAAGAAGAAGUUCAAAAGUUCCAGAGGUUCCUCUUUUUCUUUUUACAGGAUCUUUUUUCCUGAGGGCUUUUUGCUAGAUCUCUUUGAGACUCUCUUUAGUCUUUUUGCUUUUUAAGUUUUUUGUAUCUUACUUUUUGUGUCUUAUAUCACUUAUUUUGUAAAACCAAAUGAAACUGGUUUGUAUUUUUAUACACUUCAACCAAAGUUCCUGACUUGUGCUCAUCUCUGUUGUCUUCUGGUUUCUCCCGGAUAAGCAAAGACGCCUCCUUUGGGAAAAACUGACAUUAGUUUUAAAUUCACUUACAUUAAAAAUGAUGAUGAAGUUUGUUCAGGAUAAACUUGUAGUGUUUAUUAAGUAACAGGAUGGUAAUGGUUCAGAUUUAUUGACUGAGGCCCUAAAGGAAUAACCUGAAUGUCUGUAUCGAUAGGAGGAAUAAUUACAGCAGGAUGAUCAAUAACUGUUUCAAUGUACAUAUAGAAAAUAGAGUUCUGUAUCAAAAUAGAAUUGAAAAAAUGUGAAGCUCUCUCUAGUCUGAUUGUUCAAGUUUCUGACAUUAUUUGAAAUGUUAUA